UCCUCAUGCGCCACGGCCGGACCCGACCCGACCGACCCGACCCGCUUUCCUCCCACCCCGUCUCCCUCCUGCGAUCUCCUCUACGACGAGCGACGCCGCCUGCCUCAUCUCCUUGGCACCAGCAGCGACCACGCCGCCGGGCCUUCUCCGAGUCCUGAAUAGAUCGCUGCCGGUAGGGGGUAUCAACUAACUUCUGAGGAAACUAUUCAGAGCCAGUGUUCUUCUGUAAGUGCUUUCUUACAACUCCUGCUUCUGUAUGCAGUCUGUUGACGUGCACUGUACCUGGCGGUCCUCCAUAGCCAUGGUUUAUCACUCUAGUUUCAGUGACGAUGACGGGAUCACAAAAGCCUGUGGGUGUCCUUUGCUUCCACUAAAAACUCAUAUCAAGGGCCCAGCCCCAGCCUCAGAUUCAGAUAAAGCGGAUAUAGUUGAUGAAGCGAUAACUUUCUUUCGAGCAAAUGUUUUCUUCAAAAACUUCCAUGUCAAAAGCCUAGCAGACAAGUUGCUUAUCUAUCUGACAUCCUACAUCAAUAUUGCCUUGAAAAGACUAGAAAGCUGCCGGACACUGGCUGUUGGAACUAAGGCAAUCAUUAACCUGGGGUUGGAAAAUGUCCCUGUGCCCGGGGAACCUGGGUUUCCUUUCCCUGGACUUUUCACUCUUCCCGAAUCCGAGGAGGAAGCAGAGUUGUUGAGGAACUAUCUGAAGCAGAUAAGGGAGGAAACAAGCGGGAGGCUGCUCAACUGUGCAUACAGAGCUAAUGGCACUCCAAACAAAUGGUGGUUGGCUUUUGCAAAGAGGAAGUUCAUGAACCUUGUCAUCCUCUAGAGUGUAAUUAAGCAUUUCAGCAACAGUGAUGUAGAAGUCAUUGCACUCCAGAGAGGUCUCGAACUCCUGGAGAGCCCUACACGGCGAUCUUGGUCGGCUGUUUCCAGCAUGCUAAUUUGAUAGGUGCUAUCUCCUUUAAACACUGGUCCAGGGAUGCAACUCGUUUGGCGCACACUUAAUAAAUAUGCUUUUGAUUACAAGUCUAGUUUUAAUUGCGAUGGUGACCAUCCUAGCUUUAUUUUGCUUUCAGUGUUGACUGAUAUCUCUCUCUGAUAUUCAAUAAAGCUCGGGACGAGGCAUUCUCAUAAAACAUAUGGCAUUCUACAGAUUAUUUUAAAUUAAAUUAUUUUAUUUGGAA